AUGUCUGGCUACCCCGGCGCGGGUUACAAUGGAGGCGGCUACAAUCCCCCGUCUCAACCACAAUAUGGCGGCUACUACCCUCCCCAACCCGCAUACGAUGCUUAUCAGCAGCCGCCUCCUCAACAACAACAGUACAUGGGUUAUCACCAGCCCUCGCCCGGUCCCCAGCAACAACAGUACUGGAGUCCACAGCAGCAGACGCCCGCACCACAAGGAUAUGGCAAUCCUACCAGCUCCCAUUACGGCAGACCUGAGGCGAGUAUGCCAACGGUGAAUUCGAAUUCGUACGCGCACGGGAACCACCAAGCUCCUCCGCCCCCUCCUCAAGCGCCUCAGCAAUUCGGAUAUGGCGCCCCAGCGGAAUACGCUUUUCGAUAUUCGCAAUGUAAUGGUCGACACAAAGCCUUGCUCAUCGGCAUCAACUACUUCGGUCAGCGUGGUCAGCUGAGAGGAUGUAUCAACGACGUCAGGAACAUGUCUUCAUAUCUGGUCGAACAUUUUGGUUACAAACGUGAGGAUAUGGUUAUUCUUACCGACGACCAGCAAAAUCCCAUGAGUCAACCUACCAAGCAGAACAUCCUUAGAGCGAUGCACUGGUUGGUCAAGGAUGCUAGGCCCAACGACUCAUUAUUUUUCCACUACUCCGGACACGGAGGCCAAACGAAAGAUCUCGACGGCGACGAGGAGGACGGGUAUGACGAAGUUAUAUAUCCAGUUGACUUCCGACAAGUGGGACACAUCACCGACGACGAAAUGCACCGCAUCAUGGUCCGACCGUUACAAGCAGGCGUUCGGCUGACCGCUAUCUUCGACUCAUGCCACUCGGGAACUGCGCUCGAUUUGCCCUACAUCUACUCAACCCAGGGCAUUCUCAAGGAGCCCAACCUGGCCAAGGAAGCUGGCCAAGGGCUUCUUGGUGCUAUCUCAUCCUACAGCCAAGGCGAUCUCUAUGGCGUGGCGAACAACAUCAUGGGAAUUUUCAAGAAGGCCGCCAACGGUGGAGAUGCCCAUGCAAGAGCACUGGCAACCAAGACAUCACCUGCCGAUGUUAUUAUGUUUUCCGGAAGCAAGGAUGAUCAGACCUCAGCCGACGCCACAAUUGCUUCACAAGCCACAGGGGCCAUGUCUUGGGCCUUUAUCAACGCCCUCAAGAAGAAUCCCCAGCAGAGCUAUGUCCAGCUGCUCAACACCAUUCGAGACGAACUGCAAACGCGUUACACACAGAAGCCUCAGCUGUCGUGUAGCCACCCUCUUGAUACGAAUCUCCUGUUUGUUAUGUGA